AUGCACAAAGAGCGAUGGAUAGGGCAGCAUUCGAAUGGACAUUUUUCAGUUGUACAAUGGCUACACCUCAACAGGAGUGAAGGGUGCACAACUAAAGCAAUGGAUUAUUCUCCUUCAUUUGAAAUUACUCAAUUUCUUCAUACCCAUCGGUCAGAGGGAUCCACAACAAAGGCCAUGCUAAAAAUGGGAAUAUAUAUAGAUAUCAUUAAAUUCCUUCAUCAAUCUAGAACUGAAGGAUGUACAUCAAAGGCAAUAAUGUUUGCAGCAACAUAUAAUCAUUUAGACAUUGUAAAGUUUCUAUUUGAGAAUAGAACUGAAGGAUAUAAUAGAAGUAUUAUAGAUGACAUUUGUUAUAAUUUUGAACAAUGGGUUAGAUUGGAUACGAUCAAGUUUAUACAUGAAAAGCUAAAGAAACGAUGUUCUGUUAGAGGAUUAACGCAUGCUUUAAAGAAUGUUCAACAAUUGGAUAUCAUCGAAUAUCUACUAAAACAAUCGACACUUUCUACUCGGACACAAGAAUUAUUGGAAUCUGCUAUUAAAAGAGGUGAUUUAAAUGUUUUAAAGACCGAAGGAUGCACUCAAGAGGCUAUUCAUGGUAAUCAUCAUUACAAUACUGUUAAAUACAUCUUGGACAACAAACUAGUCGCAAAGAAUUUAAUUUAUCUUGAUCAAAUCAAUUCAAAGUAUUUCGAAGUGGAAGAGAUUGUCAAUCAAUAUUUAGCAAAGUGA